UACGGUUAUCCUGGGCUGAAGGAUUGGAAUCCGCCGAGCUUCCCGGCUGGGAUGUUGUGGCGAGACCGCGUUGGCUUAUCUGUAGCGCUGCUGUUGGGCUCAGGGGACGGUGAGGAGCCGAAGGGGGGGUGAGGUGUGUUUGAAGCCUGGAGGCUCUACGAUGAAGAAGAUUUUUGGCUUCGGGAGUAAGAAGGGCGGGUCGCCCUUGGGCUCCUCCACCGGACCGCGGAGAGAGAGCCGUGACAAAGUCGGCUCCCUGCCCGGGUACCACAUCCGAGACAAGGACCUCGGGAAGAUCCACAGAGCUGCCAGCGUGGGCAACGUAGCCAAAGUGCAGCAGAUUCUGCUGCUCAGGAAGAAUGGCUUGAACGACAAGGACAAGAUGAACAGGACUGCUCUCCAUUUGGCCUGUGCCAAUGGCCAUCCGGCGGUGGUAACCCUCCUGGUGGAGAGAAAAUGCCAUCUUAACCUCUGUGACAAUGAAAACAGGACAGCACUGGUGAAGGCCGUACAGUGUCAGGAAGAGGAGUGUGCGGCUAUUCUGCUGGAACAUGGUGCCGACCCAAAUGUCGUGGACGCCAGUGGCAACACUGCUCUCCACUAUGCUGCCUCUUAUCAGGAUGUUUCACUUGCAGCAAAGCUGCUUUCAUACAACGCCAAUAUUGAAGCCAGGAACAAGGAUGACCUGACUCCCCUUUUACUUGCUGUAAGUGAAAACAACGAGCAGAUGGUGGAAUUUUUAGUAAAGAAAGAAGCAAAUAUACAUGCAGUUGAUAAGACAAAAAGAACAGCCCUCAUACUUGCUGUAAAUUAUGACUCAACAGAUAUAGUCAGGCUUCUCCUUCAGCAAGGUGUUGAUGUCUAUUCUCAAGAUAUCUAUGGAUGGACUGCAGAAGAAUAUGCUCUUAUUAGUGGUUUUAAGAUGAGUCACCAACUGAUUUCUGAAUAUAAAGAAGAAAAGAGACCUAAAACUCCAUCUCAAAGUAGCAACCCAGUAGUGGACAAGAGUUCUGAAGACGACUCUUUAAGCAGGUUUUCUGACAAACCCGGUGCUGAUGAUUCAUGGCCUACAUCAGAUGGUGAAGACUUUGAUUUUGAUACCAAGAAUGUCCUGAAACCAAGCUUAACAAAACUAAUGAGUGCUUCUCAGCAAUCCAAGAAAAACAUAGAAGCAAAAUGUGGCAUUGUGAGACCAGAGAGUAGAACCUUCUUUGAGGACAGUAAUUCUGAUAGUGAAAAUGAAGAUGUGGCUGAAACCUUUCCCAAACCACCAGUCAGAGUCCAAGGCUUCUCUCAUCCUGCCUUCCCAUCACCUGAACCUCUUCCAAAACCUCUCAAGUCUUUAGCAGGCCUUGGUCUUACAAAGGUAGGAGCAACAAAGUCAGAAAUUGGAGAAAAAGAAAAUGAUACUGACACUGAUAUUAUUGAAAGUGCUCCACAAGAGCAAACAAAUCACGACAAUUUGACUUCUGUUGAUGGGGCUCACAAAAAUAAUAGAAGUGACAUGAUGUCAGCAUUAGGAUUAGGAGAAGAGGAAGAUGUAGAAUCACCUUGGGAUUCCGAGAGUCUCUCUGAGGGUCCUCCACAGAAGUAUGUUGAUCAUUUAUCUGGAGCUGCAGGUCAAAGAGGAAAAAAUAUAUUAAAUGAACAAGUAGAAGAUGUGCCUUAUAUACCUUCUUGCGUGAGUGGAUCGAGAAACUUUAAGAUGGCUAAACUAGAGGAUCCAAGAAAUGUAGGCAUACCAGUAGCCCACAUGGCUUCUCCUGAAAAAUAUGCUCACUUGACGCCUACAGUUGGAGUGAAGGAUUCUGUUCCUAAUGAAACAGUAGGAAUGAAGAAUUUACAAACAUGCAGAUCAGAUUCUGCAGAUUGGGAUUCUACUAGUUUGACCCUCAGUAAUGAGACCUGUCAAAGAGCUGGGCAUUUGAAAGUUGACGAUAAAUGUCUGUCUGUAUCACAAUCAAUGACCAAAAAUCAGUCAACAUCCACAGAAUUUGGACACAUGACCUUAAUAGAUAAAGAAAAGACUAACAUUGGAGCCGUGUUUCUGUUAGGGAAUUAUACGCUCCAUGACCUGUGUGAGUCACAGCUGCCAGAAAACAGAGAAAGCAAAGAAGAUUUGCCAGCAAAACUAGACUUAGGAAUGACAUCAGAGGAAGAGCAAGAAAGGCUUGAUGGAAGUGAAAAUAACCACUCACAGGAUAAAGUUAUUUUACAAACAUGUACCCUGACAGAAAAGACAUCAGAAAAUCAAAUCAAGCCAAUUAAUCUUCCACUUUCGCAUCUGCAAAAAAUGCCUCAAGAGCCAGAAAUGGGUGAGGAGUGUGAUAGAGAGGACAGAUCCGUAUGUUCAGGAAUUCCUUGUGUGCAGAAGUGUGAGGAAAUGUGGAUCAAACAAGGCAAAAUAGAGUGGAAACAUAACUUAAAACUCAUCACAGAUGAGUUAAAGCAGAAGUUCGGUGAAAUUUGUAAAAAAUACAAAAUUACCGUUUGUCCUGAGGAAGAGCCAGUACAUGAUAACUCUAAAGAAGGAGCAAACAUAAAGGAAAUACCUUCUAAUUUGACAAGUAAUAUAUCUGAUUGUGAGGAAAAAGAUGCAUUUGGAGUGUUUGUCUCUCUAGAGUUCCAAGCAUUUCCUGAACAAAAAGAACCCAGUCUGGAAAAUGUUCUUCCAUCUUAUUUAAACUCUGGGUCCCAGGGACACGCUUGCCAGUCAUCUUCAAAGCUUUAUUUAAAUGAAAAUAAAGUAGACUAUCAAAGCGAUAAACCAGACACUGAACAUGUUUUUAAUAAAAAUGAGAGUUUUUAUAAUGAUUCAGAAAAUAAAAAAGUAAGGGACCCGGCAGUCACAUUGGAAAUGAAACAAGACCAAGAGUUUGAUAUGCGAAUGUUACAAAAUAUGAACCAAAAUACCACAAAUUGGAAAUUAAACAUCGGACAUAUACCUCAGUCCAGUGAUCCCAAAAGACUUUUUGAUUUGUGGCUUGCCCACUCCAAUGAGAUGAAACACAUGAUUCAAAUAAAAAAUCAGGGUAUUUCUGCUGCUACAAGUACUUAUAAGAAAACCAAACCAAUGCAAGACUGGUUCCAGAAGCCAUUGCCUGCACAUAAUUGCAGUGCUAAUAACUAUAAAAGCAUGGAACCUGGAUUAGAGAAUGGGAGUUCUUCUCCACCGAAUAGCAACAGAACAUCUGAAGUGUGUCUGAAUGAAGAAUUACAGCAAGAUAUGCAAAGGUUUAAGAAUGAGAUAGGCAUGUUACAAGUAGAGUUCCUGACUUUGGAAAAAGAGAAAAUUCAACUCCAAAAAGAGGUUGAAGAAGAAAAGAAGAAGCACAAAGGUAGUGAAAUGGAAGUAUCAGAAAACAUAUGUGAUGCUGAUGAUAGUAGAUUAAUUCAACAGAGAAAGAGCAGAAAAACCAAUAACCAGCAGUUUCCUACUGCAGAGAAUGAAGAUUCUGAUAGUAGUGGUCCUGGGGUGCAUAUGAAGGAAGUAAAGAAAAAUGAAAGUGGAAAAUGGACAUCAAAAGAAUGUGUGAUUACACCAGUGUUUGAGAGGGCCGAUUCACUGACUGGUGGUCUGCUACAGGUGAAUGAUGACAGCAGUUUAAGUGAAGUAGAUCAGGAUGAUGCCAGGCCUGCAAAGAAAACGUCUAAUGAAAAGAACAAGGUCAAAGAGCAAAUUCAUUCUAUGGAUGACCUUGAUGACUUAACUCAGUCAUCUGAAACAGCUUCUGAUGACUGCCAGUUGCUUCACUCUAAUUAUAAGAAUUCCAUGUUGCUAAUUGAACAACUUGGCCUGGAGUGUAAAGAUUCUGUUAGCUUAUUGAAAAUACAGGAUGCAGUUCUUUCAUAUGAAAGAUUAAUAGAACUUAAAAAAAACCACUGUGAACUACUUACAGGAAGAAUUAAAAAAAUGGAAAGUAAGGUUAGUGGGCUACAAAAGGAGCUAUCAGAAACAAAGGAAGUGAAAUCACAGCUAGAGCAUCAAAAAGUGGAGUGGGAACGAGAGCUCUGCAGCUUAAGAUUCACCUUGAAACAAGAAGAAGAGAAGAGAAGAAAUGCUGACAUGUUAUACGAAAAAAUUAGGGAGCAGCUAAGAAGGAAAGAAGAGCAGUGUAGUGAGGAAGCUGAAAUGAAACAGCAGCUUGAACUCACUCUCCGAGCACUAGACAUGGAACUGAGGACUGUGAGAAAUCAUCUGAAUCAGGUUGUAGAAGAGCGAAAUGACACUCGGAGGCAGCUUUCUCGAGAACAGAAUGCCAGAAUCUUACAAGAUGGAAUCCUGACCAGUCACCUUGCCAAACAAAAGGAGAUAGAAAUGGCUAAUAAGGAAAUGAAUUCUGAGGUUUCUGAUAGUCGUGAAAAGGAAAAAGAUCUGUUGCAUAAAAACCACAUGUUGCAGGAUGAAAUUGCCAUGCUGAGACUGGAAGUAGACACAAUAAAAAGUCAGAACCAAGAAAAGGAAAAGAAAUAUUUUGAAGACGUUGAAAUUGUAAAAGAAAAGAAUGAUGAUCUUCAAAAGACAAUAAAACUGAAUGAGGAAACAUUAACAAAGACAAUAUUCCAAUAUACUGGACAGCUUAAUGUGCUGACAGCUGAGAAUACAAUGCUAAACUCUAAGCUGGAGAAUGAAAAACAAAGCAAAGAAAGACUGGAAACAGAAGUGGAAUCCUACCGUUCUAGACUGGCUACUGCCAUACACGAUCAUGAUCAAAGUCAGACAUCAAAAAGAGACCUGGAACUUGCCUUCCAGAGAGCAAAAGAUGAGUGGUUACGCUUGCAGGAGAAAAUGAAUUUUGAUGUGUCUAACCUGAAAGAUAAUAAUGAGAUGCUUUCCCAGCAACUUUCUAAAACUGAAAGUAAAUUCAAUAGCCUAGAAAUCGAGCUCCAUCACACGAGAGAUGCUCUCAGAGAAAAGACUUUGGUGUUAGAAUGUGUACAGAGAGACCUAAGCCAAGCACAGAGUCAAAGGAAGGAAAUUGAACACAUGUAUCAAAGCGAACAAGGCAAAGUGAAUAAAUACAUUGGAAAGCAGGAAUCCUUAGAGGAGAGAUUAUCUCAGCUCCAGAGUGAAAACACAUUGCUCAGACAGCAGCUGGAUGAUGCGCAAAACAAAGCGGACAGUAAAGAGAAGACCGUAAUUAACAUCCAAGACCAGUUUCAGGAUAUUGUGAAAAAACUUCAAGCCAAAAGUGAAAAGCAAGGUCUGAUGCUGGAAGAAAGAAACAAGGAGUUAAUCAACAAAUGUAAUCAUUUAAAAGAGAGACUGUAUCAAUAUGAAAAUGAGAAAACAGAAAGAGAAGCAGUUGUGAGACAACUUCAACAAGAACUGGCUGAUACCCUAAAAAAGCAAUCCAUGUCAGAGGCUUCACUGGAGGUCACAUCACGUUAUCGUACUAAUUUAGAAGAUGAGGCACAGGAUUUAAAGAAAAAAUUACGUCAAGUCACAAGUCAGUUGCAAGAAGCACAGGAUCAACAUACAGAGGCCGUGAGAUGUGCUGAGAAGACGCAGGAUCACAUCCAAAAGCUUGAAAUUGAAAAUGCCAAGUUAAAAGCCACAGUCAAAAAGCACGUGGGCAAAAUUGAACAGCUUCAGAAAAACCUGUUAAGUACAAGUUGGUCUGAGGAUGAAAAGGAACAAUUAAAGAAAUGUAUUGAGUUAAAACAGUCUCUGGAAUUUAGUUUGGAUCAAGAAAUGAAGAAAAAUAGUGAAUUAGAAAAAGAGAUUACUGGAUUUAAGAAACUCUUAAAAAUGACAAGAAGAAAGUUAAAUGAAUAUGAAAAUGGAGAGCUUAGUUUCCAUGGAGACUUAAUAACUAAUCAAACUGAAAUGGAUAUUCAGAUUAAUAUGCUAAAGCAUAAGAUUGAUGAUCUUACAGCAAAACUGGAAACUGCAUCUUCAAAAUGUCUACAUCUGGAUGCAAAAAAUCAAGUUCUUCAACAGGAGUUAUUAUCUAUGAAAGUAAUGGAAAAGAAAUGUGAAAAACUAGAGAAGAAUAAAAAGAAGUUGCAACAAGAAGUAGUGAACCUCAAAAGUCAUAUAGAAAUGAAUAUGGUAGAACACAACCAAGUAGAGCAGUAUAAACGGGAGAUUGAAGAAAGAGCAAGACAGGAUGUAAUAGAAAAAUUAAAAGAAGUCAACCUAUUUCUGCAGACACAAGCAGCAUCCCAAGAAAACUUAGAGCAGUUAAGAGAGAAUAAUAAUGCUUCAAUAAGAAGUCAGAUGGAACUCAGAAUUAAAGAUCUGGAAUCCAAACUCUCCAAAAUGAAAGCUUUUCAAGAAGAUUCUACUAAAACAGAAUUGGAAAAAUAUAAGCAACUCUACCUUGAAGAACUCAAAGUUAGAAAGUCAUUGGCAAAUAAACUAAACAAGACUAAUGAGAGGCUGGCAGAGAUCAGUACCAAACUUCUGGUGGAGAAACAGCAGAACAGAUCUCUGCUCAGCACUCUUACUGCGAGGCCAGCCCUGGAACCACCUUGUGUUGGAAAUCUUAAUAAUAGUCUAGUGCUCAAUAGAAAUCUUACUCCAAGAGAAAACAUGGUGAUGUCUACCUCAAGUCCACGCCCUGCAAAUAACAGCAUGGAGACUUACUUGACCAAGAUGCAGCAGGAGUUGGAAAAAAAUAUAACUAGAGAACUAGAAGAAGCUGCUGCUGAAUUUGAAUCUGGGUCCUGUAGAGCUUCUCCUCUAGGAUCUACUGAUGAGUCAAACCUCAAUCAAGAUCUAGUCUUGAAAACAUCACAAGAAUAUGUACAGAUUUUGAAGAAAAAUUAUAUGAUCUGAAAGAUAAAUAGUAAAAAGUUCCCUACUGGGCUGUUUGUAUUACAUUUUAGUUGUUUCCCAUUAAACAGGAUGUGAAAAUCUGUAUUAAAGGAAAAUAUUUUUGUAUUAUAUGUGUAUGAUGAAAAUUUAUAUAGUAUUUUAAAGCAUGUUUCUCUGCAUCUAACUUACUUUUAAGCAGAUUUUGUGAAUAAAAACCAGCACUGUUGAGUUUUACAUGCUCAAACUGAGCCCUGAUACCAGCUAUUUAAACAGCACCCAGACAGCCAAACUUGUCAUUAAUAUUUAGUGCUGUUGAUUGGUAGCUUUUUAGUAUUUUCCAAUUCUUAUCACUAUAUGUACACCUAAAGAUUUAAACAGAUGUCAUUUGGAUAUACUGUGCUGUGGCUAUUGUCAAUGUUUUG